CAGGACUUAGAAAGUGAAAGAAGAAGAACUGUUUCCAUUCAAAGGGACAUACAAUAUCACAGUGGCCUACAUGCGAAUGAAAGCACUGCUGGUGGGACAGGUGGGAUAUAACAUAUAACCCUGGAGGUAAGAUGUAGCACCCAGAGAUUGACUUGAGGGAUGGAGCUUUUGAAGCAUAUAUCUGAAGGAUCACUAAAAGAUUGGUUAAAGAUUGGACAAGGAGGUUUCGGGAUGAUUUACCGAGCACGGCACACUGAAUGGAAUUUUGAUGUAGCUGUGAAGAAGCUGAGAGGGGAUGUAUCUCGGGGGCUGGAGGAACUUCUGUCUGAGGCCAAAAAGAUGGCUGUUGCCUCUCCAAGUCCUUAUGUGAUCACCUUGUAUGGGAUUGUGAAGGAAACAGAUAUGUGUCGCGGUAUUGUGAUGGAGUACAUGGAGAAUGGAUGUCUAGAUAAACUAAUUUCCUGUUACAAACCCAUUCCAUGGGCUCUGAAAUUCCGUAUCAUUCAUCAGGUGGCACUUGGCAUGAAUUGGCUGCACUCCCUCUGUCCACCACUUUUGCACCUGGACCUCAAACCAAAGAAUGUCCUUUUAAAUCCUGAAAUGAAUGUAAAGAUUACAGACUUUGGGUUAUCUAGGUUUAUUCGAACCACCUCUACUCGUGGGUCGGAAUUAGAAGAAGAUGGAGGAACACCAGAGUAUAUGCCACCAGAGGCAUUUCAGGCAAAUUACAGACCAAGCACAUCAACCGAUAUCUACAGCUUUGCCAUCUUAACUACUGUAGUACUAACGGAAGAGGAGCCAUAUCGAAUUACAAAUUCUACAUUGAUAAGACAACGUGUCUGCGAAGGGGACAGGCCCUGUCUUAGGUCCCUGGAGGAAGAAUAUUCUGUUGCAUGUCUUAAGGAGGCAAUUAGGCUUACCCAUUGCUGCUGGCAGCCCAACCCAUCCAAGAGACCUUCAUUUACAGAAUGCUGUAACAGCUGGGAGAUAUUUUGCUUAGCACAUAAAAACAAGAUCUUGGAUUCAGUAAGACAAGUACAAGAUAACAUGAAUAAAUCAACCACAGAUUCUCCAUCCAUUCGGAACACAACAAUGACUGCUAGCACUGAUAUGUCAGAAGCAAUUAGAAAAUUCCAGACACUUCACUUCACUGAAGCGAUGCCACCUGCACAAAUGGCAGAGCCUGAAAACUACAGGCCAGUGAUGACAAGAGAAGAUAAAACUGAAUACCAAACCCAGCCUCAGGGAUAUUCACACCAGCACUCCUCCAGGUUUCCUCUAUGGGGAAUGGCACCAGAACAAAAAUUUCAUCGUGCUUUUGUCAGACCAGUCUACUAUCCUCAUUAUCCAAUUUACCCAAGAGGCUCCUAUGGACCAUCGUAUUUCAACCCUCCAUACCCUAACCAUGGCUCUAAUAUUAUUAUUCAAAAUACCAAUGGAGUGCAAAUUGGAGACAACAACAUUAUGGUUUCAGAGAACUCUGGAGCAAGUAGGGGAGCAUCAUUCAGAUGCACAUCAUGCACAAAUGAAAGUCCACAGCAAGAAAGGCCUGGCCAUGUUUCUUACCAGCAGACAAACAUAAGGCGGGAUUUUUCCAAGCCCUUUCCCCCACAUACUACCAUAACAAAGCCCGUACAAGCUCAGGACCAACUUGACAUCCAGAAAAAAAGUCAAGAAAAUCCAAAUACCAAAUCAGGUCACUGAAACAGAGAUUCCACAUUGUCUUUGAUCAUGUUUUUUCCAGCAAGCACUACAGACUUCAGACUUAUUGUGUAUAUCCCAAAGUCUUGCGCAAUCUGUUCUGCGCAAAGCCAGUCCUAUAUUAUAAAGCAUUUUUAUUCAUUUUAGCAUUUGCAUUUUACUGUGAUUCAGGUUAAUGGCAAAACAAUUUCAGGAUGACAAAUGCAAGAAUAAACCUUCCCCA